GGAAGCUGUCCUCCGCAGCGGUGUUGUUGUUGUCGUCGCAGCAGCAGCGCAGCGGUUCUAUAUUUGAGAGAAAAGCUGCCGAGAGCAGACUGAAAACAGACUCCCCGCAGCUGCUGCGGCCGUCAGCGUCACGUAAGGGUCACGUUAGGCUCCAUAACCGUUACUGUCGUCGUUUUAUCGGUGUAGUUUAAUCAUGAACGUGACGCUCGCGGUGAAGCAGUACAUCUCCAAGAUGAUUGAGAGCAGCGGGCCCGGGAUGAAGGUGCUGCUCAUGGACAAGGAGACGACCAGUAUAGUGAGUGUGGUGUAUACCCAGUCUGAGAUCCUCCAGAAGGAGGUCUACCUGUUUGAGCGGAUCGACUCUCAGAGCCGAGACAACAUGAAACACCUGAAGGCCAUCUGCUUCCUGAGACCAACCAAGGAGAAUGUGCAGCAUCUGAUCCAGGAGCUGCGGAGACCCAAAUACAGCGUCUACUUCAUCUACUUCAGUAAUGUGAUCAGUAAGAGUGAGAUCAAGGCUCUGGCUGAGGCCGAUGAACAGGAGGUGGUGGCUGAAGUCCAGGAGUUCUACGGAGACUUCAUCGCAGUGAACCCUCACCUUUUCUCCCUGAACCUGCAGGGGGUCGCCAGGGGUAGGAGCUGGGAGCCCUCCAUGCUGUCCCGGUGUACCCAGGGUCUGACCUCCGUCCUGCUCGCUCUGAAGAAAUGUCCCAUGAUCCGCUACCAACUGUCCUCCGACAUGUCCAAACGCCUCGCCGAGAGCGUCAAGCAAAUCAUCACCAAGGAGUACGAGCUGUUUGACUUCAGGAAGACGGAGGUUCCUCCUCUGCUGCUGAUCCUGGACCGCAGCGACGACGCCAUCACGCCGCUGCUCAACCAGUGGACGUACCAGGCGAUGGUCCAUGAGCUGAUGGGUCUGAACAACAACCGGAUCGACCUGUCCAGAGUGCCGGGGAUCAGCAGAGACCUGAAGGAGGUGGUUCUGUCUGCAGAGAACGACGAGUUCUACGCCAACAACCUGUACCUGAACUUCGGGGAGAUCGGCACCAACAUUAAGAACCUGAUGGAAGAUUUCCAGAAGAAGAAACCAAAGGACCAACAGAAGCUGGAGUCCAUCAGCGACAUGAAGGCCUUUGUAGAUAACUACCCCCAGUUUAAGAAGAUGUCGGGCACCGUGUCCAAACACGUGACGGUGGUUGGCGAGCUGUCCCGCCUGGUAUCUGAGCGCCAGCUGAUGGAGGUUUCUGAGGUGGAGCAGGAGCUGUCCUGUCAGAACGACCACGGCAACGCCCAGCAGAGCGUGCGCCGGCUGCUUCAGAACCCGCGCCUGUCGGAGCUGGACGCCGUGCGCCUCGUCAUGCUGUACGCGCUGAGGUACGAACGCCACAGCAGCAGCGUCCUGCCGGCACUGAUGGACGAGCUCAGCCGCAGAGGAGUGUCCGAGAGACACCGCAGGAUGGUGAAGUCGGUGGUGGAGUACGGAGGGAAGAGAGUCAGAGGAAGUGACCUCAUCGAGGCGACAGACGCUGUCGCCAUCACCAAACAGUUCUUCAAAGGCCUCAAGGGGGUGGAGAACGUGUACACUCAGCAUAAGCCUCUGAUUCACGACACUCUGGAUCAGCUGAUCAAAGGCCGACUGAAGGACAGUCAGUUCCCCUACCUGGGACCAAGCAGCCUCAGAGACAGGCCUCAGGACAUCGUGGUGUUUAUGAUUGGUGGAGCCACGUAUGAAGAAGCUCUGACGGUUUACAACCUGAACCGCAACACACCGGGAGUCCGCAUAGUCCUGGGAGGAAGCAGCAUCCACAACACCAAGAGUUUCCUGGAGGAAGUGAUGUCGGCGACAGGUCACAGCGGCGAAAGGGCACAAGGAAGUGGUCGCCAUGGCAGCAGGCGCUGAACACAUCAAAACAACAACAACAGCACCACCAACUACAUUCCCUCCUCUCCGUCUCUACGAGCGGUGACAGAACGCUCUCGUUAACCCUCCGUCUGCGUGUCUGAUGUCUGAUGUCAAACUGAAUGUGAAAUAUAAACAAGCUACAAUAAAAGAGAAAUAUAAACACUCA